GUCGGCACAGCGCACGCGGUCUUUCGAAAUGGUAUUUAUAGAGAAGUAAGUCGCUGGCUACCAGCGACAACGGUAGUCAUUGCUCUUGAUCUUAAACAAGCCGAAUACACGUAGCUAACUAAUCGGGUGACCAGUAAUAGUUUCGCAGACAAAUAAAUUCUUAUUAUUUCCGAAAGUCGAAACUUGUAUUUCGUCAUCGACACGAAUACUUAUAAUAAGAGGAUAUGGGUGCAGCCAAUACUAGUAAUAUUUUGCCAUCUUCUUCUUCUUCUUCUUCUCCUUCUUCUACGUCAUCGUCGUCUUCGUCAUCGGUUCCUACGAGAACAAGAAACACUGAAAAUUCAAUCGAAGUUAAUUUCACCGAAGAUACUAAUAAUUCUCAUUCCAUUGGCGAUGCGAAUGAAGAUACAAUGAGAACUACUGGUUACAACAUUGCUGGAGAAUCUCGUACACAGAUGACUUAUGCCACGCGAAGAACAAUUGGAGAAUCUAAAAAUUCUACGUUGAGGUUGCAAAAUAAUGAAAAUAUGGAGCUUUCGCAGAUAAUUUUACAAUUAGCUAAGGCUAAUCAACAAUUGGCCAAUGCUCAUACAACGGCCUUGGCACAAUUGGAGGGACUCUAUCUAGAAUUACAAAGGGAAAGAAGUACACAGAAAAUCAUUUCUAAUAAUAACGAAUUAACUUCGUUAAAUAUUGCAACGAGAAAAAGACUGAUCAGUCAGGAUACGAAAGGAGAAUUAAACGAAGAGGAUGAUGAUAUAAGAAGGAAGUUUGAACGUCGAAUCGAUAGAUUGGAAAGUUUUAUAUCCGAUAGAUCCAAUUGUUUUCGGGAAUACCCGACGAAUUCUCAGGAUGAUGAUACAAUCGUUAGGAAUAAUGAAAAUAAAGGAGUGACGGAAACGACAAGAUCAUCCUCCAACAUAAAUUCGGAUAAAAUAAUCGAAAGGAGAAUGAGAUCUUACGACAAGCAUGAUCAAGGACACGCCGAUAGAUUUACCAAUGACGAAAUUUUACAAUUAUACGAGGAAAUACGUGAAUUGAAAGCUGACAAAAUUGAAUAUCAAAAUGCUAAUGAAAGAUUAAAUGCUAAUAUCGUGGAACAAAAGAUAUAUAUAGAAAAGUUAUGUAAGGAUUACGAGUUGGAAAAAGAUAUAGCCGAGGCUCGGAUAAAAGGUUUAGAGAGCGAUUUGAAAAGGAUUAUUAUAGAAAAGGAACAGAUUAAGGAUAUUGAGAAUGAGAAGGUAUUAAUGUUGAACGCACAGUUGGCCGAGGAAAUAUCUGAUAAGAAGAAACAUAUGAAGAUUUUGGACGAUGCACUGAAUGAGAUUCAAAGACUGAGGGAGGGUAUGAAGACUGAUAUGAAGAAAAUUAACGAGGAGAUUAUUUCAUUAAAUAAAGAUGACGUUGAAUCUACGGGAACAACGGAUAAUAAUAUAUCGGAAGAUUCUACGGCAGAUCGUACGAUCGUUAUGGAUUUAUUUAAAAAAGAAUUAAUAUUGAAGAGAGAAGCAAGACAAAGAGCAAUCGCUGCUGUAUCAUCGGAAAUGGAAAGGCUUAGGCAAGAAUUGGAAGCAGAAAAGGAAGCUCAUUCCGAAACAUCAAGAGUACUUGAUCUGAUAAAAUCUGGUACACAAUCUGUUAAUCAAAAUGAUAUUAGUAUUGUAACAUCCGUCGAAAGAAAUGGUAAAAGAUCUAAAUCCAUCGAUGAGGAUUUGGAUACAGAUAAUGAAAUGUUACUUAGACGUAUCGAGGUUCAACGUCUCAGUAGUAUCUUAAAGGUUUCUGAUGAAUUACGUAACAAUAUUCGUUUUCAAAUCGAAAAAGUGGAUGAUCUACGUUAUCAACUCGAAAGCGAACCAGAACAGCACCGAUACAUAAUUCGUUGUUUAACAGACGUCACGAACAAAACUAGAGAUACAUUGAAUACACGUGAACAUCGUGCCAAUGAAUUAAAGGAUAAUCUAGCGCGUAAUCUUGCACGAUUAAAUGACAGAAGCUUUUUGGAUUAUAAGGACGACGUUAGCGCCGAAUGUGAACGUCAAUUGGAAAGUAUAAACAGUUUGAAGAGUUUGUAUAACGAAAGAUUAAGAGUAUUAAACGAAUUGAAGGAUGCCGCGAUUAAAGAGCUAAUCGACGUCAAAGAAAAUCUGAAACAUUCGUCGAAGGAAUGCGAAGGUUUGGAAGAAGAUCUCAGAAAAGCUGAGGAAAAGAUCGACGCGCAAGAUACGGAGAUCUCAAAUUUGGAAUCUCAAUUGGGUUUGACAAAAGCAGAUUGUAGGGAUCUACAAAAUCAAAUGUCCCUGAUCAAUAGUUUGUUCACUCAAAUGCUUUUAGGAGCUUCUUCCGCCGACAUGGAUCUCGACAGAUUGUCACAAUUAUUACAGGAAAAUCGUGAUCUCAUAACUGACAUAGCUAGGGACAAUGGAACCGAGGCUGCUGCACUUCCAAAACUAUUGUUGGAUCUGGUGGAACAGGUUGACGGUAAUAAAGGAUUACAAAAACGUAAUGAGGACGAUCAACAGCACGAGGAAAUUGCUCACAAUUUACCGAAGGUAUGGCGCGUUUUGUUGGAGCUAUUGAGUUGUCAUGCUGCUGCCUCGCAAAAUGCAUCGGCAACUUCCUCCUCGGAUUCAAACAGUUGUUACAAAUCGGUCGACACACCAACUGGCCCGAAAUUGGUUAUAUCGGUUAGUAAGACUUACAUUCAUUUGAAGGAAUUAAUCCUUGAGAAGAAACAUUUGGAAAAGGAAAUGAAUCGAAUGAAACAAUUGAAUACACAUUUGGAAAGCAAACUAGGUGAACAGGAAAAGAGACUGUCAGAUGUUACUGCCGAAUUAAGCAAGACAUGGAAUAUUGUUGGACGAAUGCAAGCACAACAUCAGCAAUUGCAUACGCAUGAGAAAAUUCUCAGAUACGAGUUACAACAAAAACGUAAGAUGUUACAGGAAUUGAAAUUAGAAUUGGAAUAUUGCAGAGAAAAAUGGGAAUCGGCGAGACAGAAGAAUACUAAUACCGAAUUAGAAUGGCGCAGUUUGAGACGUGAAUUUGCGGCAAGAAAAAUGUUAUCCGUACAUGAUUCUGUUAAUAACAGCGCCGAGAGUGGAUUUAGCGAUGAACGAGGCGAUGAUACCGACGAAGAGGAUGAAACUGUCGAAGACAGAGUCCGAAUGGGUUUAACAAGAAGAAAUAGAAAGGAAAGUCCCAAAACUACGACAAUGUCAACGGCAGAGUUAGAACAAUCUUCUAAUGAUAACGAAUUAGAAGAGGAUAGUUCUUCUAUUGCUUCAACGAUUCAAGUAUCCGUAUCUAAACAAGAUACUAAAUUAGAUGAUGUUAAGAUCUUGGAUACGGUAUCAUCAAUGGAACCUACAACUACUCGAGAAUCUAACCUCGCGUCAGAUGUUUUGCAACAAUCUUUAGAUCCCUUGGAUCAAGCUUUGACCACCGUAAUACGUAAUCUUAUAAGGAUCGACGAUGACGGAGAAUCAAGUAGCGACGAAUUCAAUUCAAGAGAAAACAUUACAUUGCCAUUUAUAAGUUACAUCGAUAACGUAACAUCCGAAGAUAAUCAACAGGAUCAUAAUGAUGAUCUAUCGAUCGAAAUAAACUGUCAUAGUAAUAACGAAACGAAAGAUAAUAUAGAUAUUCAAUCGUGUUAUUCUACGUCCGAUAGAAAUACAUUGGAUAUUUCUAACGUUACUAAUGACAAUGUCGAAAUGACAAUAAAAUUAAAUUCGAAUGAUACAUCAGAGAAUCGAAAUAAUGUUAUAUCUAAGAACGACGUAACUAUGAUAAUUGAAAAUGUAUCUAAUAAUGAUAUUCCAUUGAUAUCAUCAAGUCCAACGCCAAUAUUUUCGAUUGGACCAUUUCCUGUAACAAAAAAUAACAAUUCAUCGACUAAUCAAUUGUUUACACCGAUAUUAAAUGUAUCGAAUGAAAUUAAUUCGACGAUAGACGAUAGACCAUCUGUUUUAAUGAAUAUAAACGAGGACGAAUCAUCGUCGUCAUCAUCGUCAUCGUCAUUAUUAUUAAAAAAUAUUAACGAUAACGAUAAUAAAUCGACAUUGAAUUUAGACUCGAAAGAUUCCAACGAAGAGGUAUCUUCUGUCAAGAACGAAGAUACUGAGAAUGAAAAGGAAUCGAAAUCAAAGACGGAUUUAAUUAAUACACCUGAACAAGUAUUGACGGCACGUGCUGACAGAUUAAAACGUUUGGAAGAACAAGCUGAAUGGUUGAUGAAAAAGAUGAAUGAUACUAAUAGAAGAGGUUCUGCACUUAGCACGAGAUUGGAAGCAUUACAUGAAACUUAUGGUGAACCAUCGGCUCCAGUUCCGGACGUUCUGCAAAAUCGACAAUUAAGAUCAACAACCACCGCUUCGUCCAAUCUUAUUCAGGGAAAUGCAUCAUCCUGUAACGAAGAUAAUAAAAAUCAUCAAACGUCGAGUGAAGAUAAGGAUACCGAUAAAUCAGUCGAUGAUGAUAAAUAAAUCAUAAUGGAUCCUACGAGAAUUAAAAAACUAAAGAAAAUAUACAAAUGAUAAAUCCAUUAUUGUUUAUAAUUCUUCUUCUUUUUCUUUUUUUUUUUUUUUUUUAGUCUAUUUUUUACCGGUACUUCGUGUUUAAGCAUUAAUAAGAUUGUUGACAUAUUAUCUGUUGUUCCUAUUUAUAAUUAAGAAUGAAUGAAAUGUACAAAUUUAAUCAAACUUAAUGUUACCAAAGAUGUAUCAUGAUGAUCCAAUGGUUAUAAUAAAUAUAAUAUCCCAGAUA